GCGCGCUAAGCUGCAUUCAGCAAGGCGUAAUUUGACGGCGAUCAGCUAACAGUGGCUGGAAAUAGAUCUGCCCCCAUGUUGGUUAUUCCAGUUGCCUCUGUUUUGAAUAGGCACACACAGUGUACUUGGUUAAUAUUCAAAGGAUGAGCGCGAAACACAAUCUUCACACCGCCGCGUCAAUCCCCGCACAUCUCUCCCCAUCGUUAAUAAUCGCCGCGCUGCAUGACCACACCACCGCGCUUACCCUGCAAGCCCUCACAACAGGCCACGAGAAGCUGCCCAACACGCACCUCGACACACUCAAAGACACGUACUGGUUCCCCACCGAUCUGCACCCCGUCACCACAUACUCCGUCAAAGAAUGUAUAACGCUGCUCCCUGGCAUGGGCGAGUGGGGUAGGAAGUACAUCACCUUCCCCUCGUGCUUCCAGGACACACCGCAAGGCAUAAAGACGCGCGCAGACGCGUCGGGCGUGAUAGUACGCGCCGAGUUCAGGGUCGUCAGGGGGGGUGCGGCGGCAGAGGUGGAAGGCGAGGGCAUGGGCGUUGGCGACGCCGAGUGGGUGCUAGUCGAGGAUGUUGAGGUCACCUGUGCAUGGUGGAUGAUGCCCUUUGUCAAGGGCAAGAUGGAGCAGGCGCAUCGCGAUAUUUGUCGCAAGGUAGUCGAAAAGGUCGAGAUGCAGAGGCGGCAGGAAGCUAUCGCAAAGACAGCGGCGAGGGGAAAGAGAAGGGUAGAUUCAGGGCCCGAGGGACACGUCGAGGUGGAGAGGCUGGACACGCAGAGAUCUGAACUAUCUGUGGGGCCUGAUGACGUGCCAAUGAUGCCGGAGAAGAUCACGUAUCGGUAGAGCGGUGUGAGAGGCGUAUGGGAGUUUACUUGAGCUGGUUGGCUUUGCGAACCUGGCACACACCAGGGACUUCAGAAUGAGAAGCAUGUUCGACUUGGCCGUUUUUCGGUCUACACUUUAUCACCGACUACUUUUUCCUUCGCCAAUUUCACAUAACUUCACACUCGAUGUUUUACCAGAUACCCCAUCGCAGACCGCAAUGGUCCGUAGGGUAUUCCUAUCUACAUGCAGGUCAUGGC